AGAAGUGAACAUAGAGUAUUUACUUAUUUGGGGGCAAUUGUCAGUUCAGUUUUCAUGCAUAACAAACUACAGAAGUACUAGCAUUUGUUUACACAACAAAUAAGAAGAGCAAGAUCAGAAUUUGUUAAAGAAUUUGAGAAUGAUGGGUUAAUAAUGACUAACACCAACCUCGUCUUAAAAUUAAGAAAUUGUACAAAAUGAGACUAAAACAUAGACUAAACUCCAAAAUAGGACUUCAAGUUUUUUAUUUCCCAAAUAGGACUCCAGAUUACACUUUUACCCUUCCUCUAAUUAAACCCAAUUUGUCCGCCUCUCUCUAUUCGGUGCGUGCGAUUUCUUCUGCUCAGCUGCGUUUCUCCCAUCGACGCCGCUGCUCUCCAUGGAAGCCGUUGCUCUCCAGUCUCUAUUCUUUUCCAAGUUCGCCAUUGAAGUCAAGAAUAAUUUCAAUCCAGCCAAUUGAUUCACUUUAAUAAUUAAAAACUACAAUCUCAUUAAGAAGAAGAGGGUUCAAUUCCUCCAGAUUGGAGCCGUCCUCAAGAUUGGAGCCGCUGCAGUUGCUCCACCAUGACAGGUGACCUCUUCUUCUUCCUCUUCCUCCUCCUCUUCCUCCUCCUCUUCCUCCUCCUCUUCCUCUUCUUCUUCCUCUUUUUUUUGUCUUCUCCUUCCCAUCCUCUUCGAAUCUGGGUCCUCUGUUUUCUUCUUUAGAUUUCAAUUUUUUAUUUAUUAAUUUUGAUUAAUUUGGAACAUCAAAAUGCCAUAAAUUACUCGCAAUUAGAAAAUUGACACUUUUAUGACAUAACAUUUAUCAAGAUGAUAGUAUGUCAUGAGACUGACAUUGUUCCUCAAAAAACUGACACUCUAAACAUGACAUUCCUAGUUGUAAAAAAUAUGAAAUUUUUAGAUAAAAAACUAUGGCAAUUUAAGGAUGAAAAUUCUGACAUUAUUUGGAAAACGUGUUAAAAACUUUGACAUUAUUCUGGCAAUUUAGGAGGAGGAGGAGGAGGACUUACAUGGGGAAAACUGCAUUUAUCACAGGGCUCGCAAGUGGCGAACAGAAGAAGUGAGUCGCAUGGCAAUUUUUUAGUAGUCCUAUAAUGGAGUUUUUCAUAUGUUUUAGUCCUAUUUAAGCAAAUCUCUCCUUAAAAUUCUAUCAUAAUUAAUUAUUGAUUGCUUAGUAACUGUCAUCUAUGUUUAUGAUCAUUAAUUUAUUUACUUGCUUUUAAUCACUAAUGGAUGAAGACACUGAAGAGAAAGCAGCAGCAGCAUAUGACAUUGCAGCAAUACAACAGAGAGGGCCAAAUGCACUCACGAAUUUCGACAUCAGCAACUACCCAGAUAAGCUCAGGGAAAUCCGAGGAGCUCAGUCCAAUGCACAGCCGAUCGAGGGUGGCGAAAGCAGCCGAGCCCGGGAAGCACAGCAGCUGCCUGAUGCCGAAGGUGAUCGUCGUCAUCCUCUUCUUCACAAUAACCGCCCAGCCGAAUUUACAGAACUACAACCUACUCAAGUCCUAGGGGAAGCGGAUUGUGUUUAUUCCUCGGCCUUGAAUGCCAUAGUUUCAGAUGAAGAGGAGUUUUUUAAGUUCUGGAUGAAGGCGGCGGUCGAUCCAUAUCCCGUACCUUAUGAGUAUGAGGCCGUGGAUGAAACGGCGGAAGGAGAAUCAUACUCGCUUGAUUGCUUUGAUGCUGCUUCGGAAUUUUUAAGCAGUUGACCCGCGCGGCCGGUGACCGCUAGAUUUGAAAUUUGAAGUCAUUAUUUUAUUAAUUUAUUUACGAAUUGUUUAAUACGUGCAAUAGAACUGAGGCAUAAUAUAUAAUGUUUCGUG